AUGAAACCUUCAGAAAGUGGUCGCACCAAUAACCCCAAAACACCAAAAUUAAAUCAAGAGGAGUUUGGACUUCCUCCUAAUAUAUUUCAAAAUUCAAAUGCUGCCACUCUUGAUCCACUAGGAACAAUUAACACAGAUCCCAUGUCAAAUCUACAACAAGAAUCUGAAGCUCCGAUAACUAAGACUCCGUUGACUCUGAAUAUACCUACGUUUGACACAAUUAAUGCAUUACCUACCCCUAUGACAUAUACGCCUUUAUCUCCAAAUCUACUAUCGUCAAUGUCUCCAACUAUUCAAAUGCAACAACAACCAUUUCAACAGUUGAACAUUAAAAAGAGAAGGAAUAAUAAUAAUCUAAAUAGCAUAAAUGGAAUCAACACCUUCAAAUCACAUUUUAAUGAAAUACGGAAUUCAAAAGAAUUAGAUCAAGUGAAAAAUAUUGCAACCUCUAAUCGUGUGGUAUCAGAAUUGAUCCCACCCCCAUCAUUAUCACCUCAACGUAUCGUUUCUCUUCCUACAGUUAAUGAAGAAGAUACUACUUAUGAAGAAGCUGAGAAAGUGAAGUUAGAGAAAGAAGAAAAUGAGUUCUCUAGUGAGGAGAAUAUUUUAAAUGGGUAUUUACUUCAUGAUAUGUCCCGAGUAAGGCAGUGGAAAAAAGUUAAACAUAUUGGGACAGGAAAUUUCAGUUUUGUAACGUUAUAUGAGUCCCUAGACGAGUUUGAUAAAUAUUAUCACCAAGUGGCAGUAAAGAAAAUAAAGUAUCCAGAUAAUAUUCUGAAUACAGGUGAUGACACAUUAUCCAGAUUAGAAAGUUCCUUGACAAGAGAAUUAAGUGUCCUAAAGACAUUAGAUUAUCCUUGUGUGGUUAAAUUGUACGGGAUUAACAACCCAAUUUUCGUUGAACAGAAGAGACCUCUUACAACUUUAUUGCAGGAAGGACAUAAAGACAUUCCAUCCUGUGAAUUUAUUAUGUCAUAUUGUAAUGGUGGUGAUCUACUGAAAGAAUUAACAGAGUGUCAAGGUAAUGUUCCUAGAUGGUUGAUUCAAAGAGUAUAUAGUGAGCUGGUGCUGGCUGUCAAAUACUUACAUGAAAACCUAAUUAUACAUAGAGAUUUAAAACUAGAAAACAUAUUAUUGAGAUAUACUCUUGACGAAAUAAUUGGAAUGAGGAAUACUCCUAGUUACUAUAAGCAAAAUAUGAUUGAAUUGGGCGAUUUUGGUUUAUGUAAGAAAAUUGAACCAGGAGAACUUUGCACGGCACGUUGUGGUUCUGAGGAUUAUGUUUCACCGGAGAUAUUGAUGGGUAUACCUUAUAAUGGUCAUCUAACAGAUACGUGGGCAUUAGGUGUUAUAUUGUACGCACUUUUGGAGGAUCGAUUACCGUUUGAUGCUCCUCCGAAUGCCAAUCAGCGGCAACGGAGCAGGCCCGUUGCCCAUAGAAUAGCCAGGUUUGAAUGGCGAUGGAGUAAAACAUUAGAAGAAAACGGUCUUGAUUCGGCCAAAGAUAUUGUAAAGAACACAUUAACUAGGAAGAAUCAACGGUGGAAUAUUCAGCAGAUGUAUGAUUCUGAAUAUAUCCAGGAGGUUAUUACUACUUUAUGCUUUUAA